AUGAAGCCACCCGGGAAGCUGGCAGGGUCCAGAGAGGACAGGAGGGAGGAGACAGACAUUCUUCUCUUUGAAGAUGAUAAAAAGAAGAAAACCUUUGAAGAUGGAAGCAUAGAGGAACCCUUUGGGCAAGAUUUCAAGUCUCUACAAAAAGAGGUUUCCCAGAAAGUGGAAGAUGUGGACGGGCUUUCGAGAAGCCUUCGGGACACCGUGUUGAAUAAUAUCCAGGCCAUGUUCGGGGAUCAUGAAGCCCUGCAGGAGCUCGGGAACAUGCUUGAAGAGGAGCCCUUGGGUUACUUGGAUGGCCCUGGUGGUGCCAUCCUAAAUGAACUUCGAAAAGACUCAGAAGUUUCAUGGGUUAACCCAAAGCACUUCAUCAGUUACCUGCUGGAAGCCAUACUCGAGCUGAGUGACACCCAGCACGUUCUGCUGGCCCAGUCCAUUGAGAAGAGGAUCCUGCCCCAUCAGCGGGAGCUGGUACGGAGCAUCCUGGAGCCCAACUUCAAGUACCCCUGGUGCAUUCCCUUCACCAUCAAACCCCAUCUCCUCGCCCCACUGCAGGGUGAGGGUGUGGCCAUCACCUAUGGGCUGCUGCAGGAGUGUGGGCUGAGGAUGGAGCCAAAUAACCCCAGGUCCAUCUGGGAUCUGGAAGCCAAGGAGCCCCUGUUUGCCCUGUUUGUGUCCAUGUCGGUCCUGCAGGGGCUAAUAGAAUCCUGA